AUGUUCGCCUCCUCCUUCUGCCGGCGGCGGCUCCUCCUCCGCAUCCCCGGCGAAGCUACAAACCUCCUCCAGCUCCAGUCCAUCCAUCUCGCCCACAGCUACUCCUCAACCGCCGUCUCCCGUGCACCCAGCUCCGACCUCUGCCCAACCACCGUCUCCUACCUCAUCUCCUGCGGCCUCUCCCCCGCCGCCGCCGCCACCACGGCCACCACUCAAAGGAUCCGCAUCGUUUCCCCCGACAAGGCAGACGCCGUGCGCGCCCUCCUCAGAGACUACGGCUUCGCCGACGCGGACAUCGUCCGGACGGUGCGCAGCGCCCCGUCCAUCCUCGUCACCGACCCCGAGCGGAUCCUCCGCCCCAAGCUCGACUUCUUCGCCUCCCUCCGCUUCGAGCCGCGCAAGCUCGCCACCGCGCCGUUCCUCCUCGUGCGCAGCCUCGACAAGAACAUCGUCCCGUCCAUCCGGUUCCUCCGCGGCGUCAUCGGCGGCGACGACCAGCUCCGCCGCGGCUUCUCCCGCGUGCCCCGGGCCCUCAUGGCGGACGUCGACCGGAACAUGCGCCCCGCCGUGGACGCCCUCCGCCGCUGCGGCCUCGACGACGCCGCCAUCUCCAAGCUCCUCGUCAUCCAGAUGGGCGUGCUCCUCACGUCGCCGGACCGCAUCUGCGAAAUCUUCCAGGAACUCAAGGCAAUUGGUAUGUCCAUCUCGGACUCGCGCUUCCUAUACUGCUUCCGCGCGAUGUGCGGCCUUAAGAGGGGCGCGUGGCGGCAGAAGCUCGCAUUGCUCCGGAGCUUCGGGCUGUCGGAGGAUGAGGUGAUCAAGGCCUUCAAGACGCAGCCCAUGCUGUUUCUUUACGCCGAUGACAACAUCAAAAGGAAGCUCCGGUUUUUGCUGGACGAGGUCAAGCUUGGAGUAAGCGAUGUUAUCGCCCAUCCUGUGAUUCUGUCCUAUAGCUUGGAGAAUUGCAUCCUGCCAAGGUGCGCCGCGCUGAGCGUGUUGAUGAAGGAGGGCAAGAUCCAGAGAGAUAUCAAGUUGCUCCAGGCAUUGCUUGGUAAUUCCACGGUUUUCUCGACCAGAUAUGUACUGAGGCAUGCUGAUGAUGUGCCAGAUGUUGUCAAGGCGUAUGAGGGUAAGAUCAAAUUCCAAGGAUUCACGCAUGACACAUGAUUUUUCCAAUACAAGAACAAUAUCAUUCAGGAUUAUUAGGCUGAUGUAUCCAGUGCCUGCCAGGAAUGAUAAUGAUCAAGUCAUGAUCCAUGAUUUUAAGUUAA